CAGUCUGCAGAGGUGCAUUGUGGGAAACUCCCAAGUUUCCCCCCUCCUCUGCCUGCCUCCCUCCUCUCUGCGCAGAGCCAGCUCCCAAGGUGCGACUGGUCCAGCCGGAGCACAGAGGUGCCGUAUGAUGUCCAGGUAGGACAGUGCCAGCGUGAGAAUCAUCCCAAGACAACUGCUCUGAGGGCUUGAGCUCGGCUGGCUCCUCUGCUUCCUCCAGCAGCCGGGCAAAGGAGAGUUGCUGGGACAGCCCCGAGCGCGUGGCAUCCACUCACUGCCCACAGCACUCGCAGGAUGGAUUCCAAAGGCAACGUCCGAAGUGGAAACAAACCCGACGCCAAGGCCGCCGGCUCCGCAAAGCCAGAGAAGCCCAAUCCUGGGCCUGCCACGAAUGCAGACAAGAAGGAGGUCCCCAAGGAGCCGCCUGCUCCUGCCGCUGCCGCCAAGAAGGCGGGUGGCGAUGCUGCCGUCGUGAACAACCACAGCAACCUGAAACCCAGCCCCGCCGGCACGGAGACGCACGAGGCCACCGGCCAGUCCCCUGACUCUGACCACAAGGGAAACAGCUCCGAGGAGUCACCGGGCAGCUUCUUCGACAACAUGAAGCCCUUGAUCAUCGUUGGAGGGGUGGCGGCGGCUGCGCUGGCUGUGAUUGUGGGAGUGGCGAUCCUAGCCCGGAAAAAAUGAAGACCGAGACGGGGUGGGGAUGAGAAACUCAGCCCAGCUGUACAGCUCCUUUUGAGACAAAUGCAUGCAGAGAAAUUCUAUACAUAGCUAUAUAUAUAGAGAGCGAGCUAGAUAGGUCAACAACAAACACCAACUGCAACUGCAAGGGUCUUGUUCAAGACAACUGUGCCAGUUUGACCCAGUGUGGGUAACUCCAUGCACUCAGUGUGUUCUUUCAUGUAAUAUAUCUUGGCUUUUACCACUGUGUAUAGGUUACAGCUUCUCCUCGGUGUAAAUGACGGUGUCCCCUCCCCUCCCUCGCUGUUCUCCCUGGGAGACACCCCCCCUCUCUCUUGCAGUCCCCUGUUUUCAAGUCCAAAGUGUUCUACGUCCCAUCUGGAGUCCCCACUUUGUGUUUUGGUUUCUGUUUGGUUUGGUUUGAAGUUGGGUUGUGGUAAAGAAGAUGGGAGGGGAGUGCCAGGGCCCAGUUGGCCGGUGCUGGGUGGCGUUUACCCAGCACUCCCGGGGCAAUGGCAGGCAGAAGGCAGCUCCCUGACCAAACAGCAGUGUGUGAUCUCUGAUAGGUGUCUCGUGUACCUACUGCUCAUCAAACCACCUUUAAUCACCCGACUGGGAAGUGCCCUGCAGGAAACAGCUGCAGGUGGAUGCUGAGCCUGAGCCUGGGAUGUCCCCUCGG